AUGGAUAUGGAUCAGGUCAACUCCAUGGACUUUGUGGACUUCGUGGACAUGUUUGGGAAUGUCAUUGAGAGGUGUCCUCUGAUAGCAGCUGCUGUGUGGUCUCAGCGUCCAUUCCAUGACCUGGAGGACUUGGAGAAGCAUUUCUGUGCCUUUAUCGAUGCACUUCCACAGGCAGGCCAAGAAGGCAUCCUUCGCUGUCACCCGGACCUGGCGGGCCGCGAGCUGCAGCGGGGCACGCUCACGGCCGAGUCGCAGCGCGAGCAGAGCGCAGCGGGCCUGCAGAGCCUGAGCGUGGACGAACGGCGCCGGCUGGCUGAGCUCAACGCGCAGUACCGCGCGCGCUUCGGCUUCCCCUUCGUGCUGGCCGCGCGCCUCCGCGACCGGGAGACCGUGGCGCGCGAGCUGGAGCGCCGCCUGCACUGCUCGCCCGAGCAGGAGCUGCGCACCGCCCUGGGUGAGGUGAAGACCAUCGGCCGUCUGCGUCUCGCUGACCUGCUCGGCGCGCCAGCCCGGCUAUAG